AUGUCCCAAACACAGCAUAUGCCUGUUCCAAGACAGUUCAAGCCUAUCGACCGCCAGAAUGAGGGUUUUUACGAGCUUAACAUCUAUGAUGAAAUCAUGGAUGUCUCCAUGCCCAUGACAUUCUCUCUGCAUAAUGCUAUGAAUAAUGCGCGCAUAGUCAUAGAGGCAGCGGGUGGAGAGGUCAGGGAAGACCGUCCAAAUCGAAGGGGGUGGCCAAUCUUGUUUGUGCUUCCUCCAGGAGUAAACUGCCCAAUUGCCACAGGAACUGCUCGUUGGCCAGCUUGUACUGCUACGGUCACCUUCAUACCUGCCUUGAAUAGGCCGCCUAACACCUUUUUGAACCAUCCAGUCAACACAGACGACGAGGAAUAA